UGAGCAGAGAGAAGGAGAGGAUGAGGAGGAGAGAGGAGAGGGAGGAGGCUGUCCUCAUCAAAGGACCUCUGGGACUCUGCAAGUUAAUGAGACCCUGAAGCCCUCAGACCCUGAAAGUGACACGCAGACAGAAGGACAAACAGGUUGAUAGACAAGAAGACACCUGAGGACAACACAUUCGCUGGAUCUGAAAUGACUUGGCGUGAGCUUCGUAGUCGGCAGUUCUGGAGUGCCAUGCUUGCAGAGCUGCUCGGCACCCUGCUGUUAGUGACUGCUGUUCUGGGCGCCUCUGUUCCGGGCCCUGAGGAGAUCCCUGGAGGGCCCCUGUACCCGGCGGUAGCAGUGGGUGCGGUCAUUGUUGCACUGGGACACUGUUUCGGAGAAAUAAGCGGAGCACAGGUGAACCCUGCUGUGACUCUGUCUCUGUUGGCCACCCGGAGGCUGGACGUUCUGCGGGCCCUCGUUUAUGUCGCCGCUCAGUGUUUGGGGGCCUGUUUAGGAGCUUCGGCCCUCUACCUCGCCCUGCCUGUUCGGACCACUGCAGACCACUUUGUGAACAGGGUGCCCGCAGAGUUGAACGCAGGGCAGGCUCUGGGCGUUGAGGUUCUGUGCACCUUUCAGAUGGUCUUCACCGUCUUCUCAGUGGAGGACCAGCGGCGGAGGGAGAGCCCAGAACCAGGAAAUCUGGCCAUCGGGUUGGCGCACACUGCUGGAGUGAUGAUAGGGGCUCGGUUCUCUGGUGCCAGCAUGAACCCAGCCCGCUCUCUGGGUCCGGCCAUCGUCACUGGGUUCUGGGAAAACCACUGGGUCUACUGGAUCGGUCCAGUCCUCGGUGCCUUACUGGCCGGAGUCUCCCACGAGUUCUUCUUUGCACGCAGCGCCUCUCGCCACAAGCUGGUGGCCUGCUUGACCUGUAAGGACAUCGACAUUGUAGAGACGGCCAGCAUGACCGGCUCGUCUCUGUCCACGGUCACGCAGAGCGCCCUGAGGGCCAAGCAGGCCACCAAGCAGGAGGGCAACUGAAGCAGGAGACUAAAAAGAAUGGAUAUUAUUAGACAUGAUGGUGGGCACCAAAGAAAAGUGAAGUACGUGGUGAGGUGACAGUGGAAAUAUUUUCCGUGAAGGUUCUGUGUAAAGAGUAUGAACAGUUAAUAUCUUACCUGCAGUAGUUAACUUUUGGAGCCAUCUCGUUUUUGUUUCGGACGGUCGUAUUGAUGAAAACGUUCAGAGGACACCUGUCAAUCAAGCCAUUAGGCAACAAAUCAAUUAGCAAUCAAUAUUAAAUGACUGGUGACACGCCCCCUGUCUGCAGGAAAUGUGAAUGUCUAAUGUCUCUGAAAACACAGUAAACAUCACAACAUUCACUAUUACAGAUGUUAGGUUUGUUUUUAUUUCCCUCAAAGAACCCCCCUCCCUUUUUUUAACUUUCAAGCCGAAGAGAUCCCCCAUUCCUUGCUAUUCCCCACCUCUCCCAAAGAGACCUUUAUCUCUUUCUCAAAAUAAUAAAAUCAUAAAGUUAAUACUUACCAACCCUUAUUUGUCAAAUGAAAUAAAAAGAAACUGAGUUAUUCAGUUAUAAUUAUUCAAAUAGACAUGAUUUGGUGAUUUUUUUAUAUACAAUGAUAUGAUAUGUUCACAUUUCAAUUCAUUCAAAAAUACUUUAUUAAUCCUAAAUAGGAACGAAAUGUUGUUGUAACUCAUCCUGGUUUCUUUAAAAGAGUUGUUAUAGAUGCUGAUGGCUGAAGGCAGCAGUCGAUCUGAUAAUGAGGGUGCUCAAGAUCCUUCUUUGGAUGAUGAGCUUCAGAGGUUCUGGAGGAAUACUGCCUCUGAGAGGACAGGCUUAUGGAACAGGCCCCUCAGGUGAGGAACCAUUGAGCUAUAUCAUGUGACUGUGUAGGUGUCACGUCAGUUCACUGGUCCGUCUAUAUUAGGACCAUUAAAAGGAGUCAAUUGAGGUGGUUUGAGCAUCUAAGAUGCCUCCUGGAUGCCUGCCUUUGGGUUUUACCAGGCACAUCCUUCAAUAUCUCCUCUCUGACCUGGGAACAUCUUGGGGUCCCUCAGAAGGACCUGGAGAGUGUUGUUGGGCUGAGAGAGGUCUGGGAUUCUCUCCUGGACUCGUUGCCUCUGUGACUCAACCAUAGACAGGAAGGUGGAGAAUUUAAUUCUGACCAAACCGAUGAGUUAACAGCUAGUCAGAGCGGGGCCAAGACUGAGCUGGAUUACGACUGUCAACUAAAAAAAAGGGCAAAACAAAAAACUAAACAAAACAAAAAAAGAGCAAUUCAAGCAAAAAUAAAAAAAUGUGUCAUAAACGUUUACAUUACAAUUCAGUUUACACAGAUGCUGUGUACACAGAAUCUUCAGGUCAUAAUAUAAUGUUUAUAAAAAAGUGUCUUCAAGAACCACUUUGAGAUUUGAGUUGUUUAAAAUGACAAUAGUCCACUUUAGCUUUGACCACACUUGGAUUAAAACUGAGCUUGUCAGACUGGUCAGAAUUAAACUGUAUUUCUUCAAACUGAGGUGGUUCAUAUGAUCUAAAACACGUAAGAUAUUAAUUGUUCAGAACCUUUCCACAGAACCCAACUUCAAAAGAUCUAAGCUCUCCCAUGAAGAGUUAAUGAUGUUCUGCACAGACGAGAGCUGUCACAUAAACAAGGGAGAGUACAGUCAAUAAAGAUGAAUAUGACAAAGAAAAUCAAAAAUGAAUGAUUUUUGUAAAACUGCAGGAGACUGAGACAUUAGAAUAUGACAUAAAAUAUAUAUUUUAUACCAAUAUUUAAUCAUAAAUCCUUAUGUUUUACAAAAACAAACUGUUUCAAAUGAUGAAAACAUGACCUCCCUGGUCCCUCAUGCCCAUUAUCAUAUAAGCUGUAGCCAGUAUUUAGAGAUUCAGUAUUCUCUUUCACAUUUGCACAUCAUUAGAAUUUGUAAAAGCGUCUCAUUGAAAUCCCGCUGAAUAACACGGGCAUGUUUCAGUUGCAACUCGUGUUUGUGAUGCUUUGAAAUGCUAAAGAGGUUCUUCCCACCCUGUAUGGGUUCAAUGAUGCUCUCCGUCGGUCCAGCACCACUAAAAUGGACCCUAGUGGUUCCACAGAAAGAACACCUCUUUGGUUGGGCUAUGAUAAAUGACAUGUUUUGCUUUAAAAAAAUUAAAUAAGUUUUUUUUGUACGUAGAAACUGCCAUGUUUUUUCAUUGUGAUAUGUUACAUAAUGUAAAGCCUGAUUCACUUGUAGCAAAUAAAACCGACCCUUUAAAGUGUA